AGUUCUUAUCUGUUCUUAGCUGUUUAGAGAUAAAGAUUUAAAAUGCCUGAUGACUAUUAUAGCAUACUAGGAGUUGGAAAAUCUGCAACUGAUAACGAUAUCAAAAAAGCGUAUCGAAAGCUUGCUCUUAAAUGGCAUCCUGAUAAAAAUCCCGAUAAAAAGGCAGAAGCAGAGGAGAUGUUUAAAAAGAUAUCAGAAGCUUAUGAAGUCUUAUCCGACAAAGAAAAACGAAAUGUUUAUGAUGUUUAUGGCAAAGAUGGUUUGAAAGCUGGAGGUGGAGGACAUUAUCAAGAACCAUCAUUUAAUGGAUUUAGUGGUGCUUCAUUUUCAUUUCGGCAUGCAGAAGAUAUAUUCAGAGAAUUUUUUGAACAUGAUCCUUUUGGUGAUGAUAUUUUGGCCGAUUUUUUCGGUCGAAGACACCACUCUGCUGGUGGUGGUCGUUCGAGCAGAGGCGCUGGUGCUGAUUUAUUUUCUCGUGAUCCAUUUUCAACCAGAAGUAACUUAGGUGGAUUUGGUGGUUUUGGUGGGUUUAGUAAUGAUGAUUUUUUUAGCAGUGGAAGUUCGUUUUCAAGUUCUUCAUUUGGUAGCGGAGGUGCUUCGUUUAAAUCUACCUCAACUUCAACUAAAAUAGUAAAUGGUCGAUCUGUCACAACUAAAAAAACUAUCGAAAAUGGUAAAGAGACAGUAGAAGUAUAUGAAAACAAUAAGCUUGUUAAAAAAACAGUUGAUGGAGUACCACAAUUAACAAACGGUGGUCAAGAGGAUCGCAAAAUGCUUGACGGACCACAUAAAAAGAAAAAAUGAAUUUAUUAAAUUUUUUGUAAAUAUAUAAGAGUAAAUAUAUGCAUAUAUAUAUAUAUAUAUAUAUAUAUAUAUAUAUAUAUAUAUAUAUAUAUAUAUAUAAGGAAAAAAGCGAUGCUGUAAAUAUAUAUGCUGAAUUUAUAAAUAAAAAUUGAAAUUUUGAUUUUCAAUAAAAAUUUUUAAUCUUUACAAUAUUUGGCAUAAAAAACAUGAUAACAAACUCCAAAAUUUUAAUAUUUAUUAUUAAAAUUUAUGUUUACUUUUCGUAGCAUAUGUUUACUUUUCGUAGGGGUGGUAAUCUAUUCUUGAUAUAUAUCGGUUAUAAAUUCUCAUGUUUUUAACUUAUAGCAUAAAAUUUUUACUAUAUUGCUAACCUGGCAAAUCUGUCAAACAGAUAAAUUAUUUAUUUUCGCGCUUUUAAUUGAACAUUUAUUUUGCGUUACUGCACAAUUUUUAUGUUCUUUGAAUUUUUAUGUUCUAUGAAUUUCAAAUUAAAUUCAAUAUUGAUUUAAAAGUGGUAUUGUUUUUUUUAAACAUAUUUCUCACACUUUUGAAAUGGUUUUGUCUCAACGUGAUAUUUAGUAGGACACCCUUAUUUUUGCUUACUUGUUAAAUAAUUUGCUUACCAAAGACUUGACCAUUUUAAAUAUGUAAUUAAUAAAAUUGUGACUCAGCAAGAACGUGGAAUGGACUUGUACUUUUUUAUGUUUGAUUUAUUUGAUACCCGUUUGAAAAAAUAGCGUUAAUUGAUUUUAUCAAAGUUUCAAAAUAGUUUUAUCGAGAUUAUUUGUUUUUGAGUUUUUUUUAAUUCAAUCUAAACCAAGUGUUUGCUACAAAUCUUGGUUUUUUUGUAAUAUAAUUUGUGUACUUUCUUUUGUGUUCAGCGAUAACUGUUAUAUAGUUUGUAAAAAAAAUUAUUUUGAUUUGUAAUAGUUUUGUAAGAGA